CAGCAGAACCAACCGGCCUGUGUUCUAGUUUGCCACAAGUCUUCAGUACUUUCUUAUGUGAACAAUCAAAUCAAACAGUGAAACCUACCUCCUGAGUCACAGCCGAAGCUUUCAUAGAAUAUAAGAUAUCAAAGUAAGAGGGAAAGAGAGGUGGAUUCACACACACACACACACACACACACACACACACACACACACACACACACACACACACACACACACACACACACACACACACACACACACACACACACACACACACACACACACACACACACACACACACACACACACACACACACACACGUCCUGUGUGCACAGUGGAAAUGUAUUGUACCGGACAAAGACUGGUUGGGUGAGGCACACAUCUCCCAACACCAUGGUCUCCAUGUGUCCCAGAAAGAGGUGUUUUUAGACGACUAGUAUGCAAGUAUGCAACGUUGUUGUAGACAAUUGGAUUUAGUUGCUACGAAGAGUUUGCAGUGUAGUGUUGAUCCAUCGAUCCAUAUAUUAUCUAUUAUCUAUGCUUAACAUAGAAACAUAAACCCAAGUACAGACACACACAGACGCAGAUUCACACACAGACGCACACAAAUAACGUCAGAAAUUAAACAGAAGGAAUUGAAUGGUGUGCGUUCACCAGUGAGAAUGGGGAUGUGCCCAAAACAAAGGGCUGGGCUACGACAACACCUACUCCUCUACACACCUGCCAACCUUCUGGCCAUCGAGACUUUAUUGCAGUUCAAGCAGGUUGAUUGUAAAUUCUCUCUCACGAACAUCCGAGCAUCUCCAGCCAAUAGGAUGACCCGCGCUGUCUUGUCCAUCCUGGUGAUCUUUGUGUGUCUUGCACCGAUGCUGGAGGUCAACAGCACAACGGGUGACCUCAAGAAGAAUAAUGAUGCUAUGGAAUUGUACAUCAAUUCCUUGAAGGGUGACCUCAAGAAGAAGAAAGAAGCCAUGGAAUUGCGCUUCAAUUCAUUAAAGGACUACUACAACACUGAGAAGGACGCCCUCGCUGAAAGGAUCAGAGAGCAAAAUCGACUGCACGCUACUUUGGCCAAGUUAGAACAAUACAGUGGGCCCGAGUUUGCGGCAAUCAAGAAGAUACUUGAGACACUGAAGGAGUCAAACUCUGAACUAAAUGCUAAAUUUCUCCUGAUGACUGAAGUCAGUGACCACAAGUUUCAGAUCAUCCAGAAGAAAAUUGAGGGAAUCAAAGACUUAGUCCAUGAAACCGAGGUGAACAAAGAUGAAUUAUAAUCACACCUUAUUAACAUCAGCAUUAGUUAAUGCAGUGAUGAGAUUUAUUUAAAGCAUUGAUAGGGGUUAGAGUGAAUGGGUUCAUCAUCGCUGAUGCGUCACUGCGUCACACACAGGAUGAGGGAGGCUGGAACCUGUUGGCCCGUGUCAGAAAGUGUCAGUCAGGGUCAGGUAGUUUAGGUUUCUGACUGCUUUAUGGUUUUUUGGUUGAGGUCUUUCUUUUCACUAUAUCUGUUCUGUCUGCCUUUGUAUAAGAUAUGUAAACUCAUAAAUAAAUGUUUUGUCAUA